ACGUCCGCUGCGCCCGCCGCUUCUCGCCGGCCGUCCGCCGAUCUUCUGGGUCCUCAACAUCCGGCGCUGCCUAUAAAUCCAUGGCCUCCCCCCCUGCCUCUUCUUGCAUCCCAUCUUUCCCACUGCCACUUACUAGUCACUACUCACUACCAGGCGAUCGAUCUGCUUCAUUUCCUAGCGCUUUAAGCAGACUAUCUUUCAGAGUUAUUCUCUCAGAUUAGUUUGCAAGCACAAGAUCGAGCAAGAUCAAAGCAAGAUGUCGACUGUGAGCCGUGCCUCCCUGGACCAGAAGCUUGCCAUGGCCAAGCGCUGCUCGCGAGAGGCAACCCUUGCAGGAACUAAGGCAGCAGCUGUGGCAACCAUCGUCUCUGCAAUUCCAACCCUGGCGAGCGUGCGGAUGCUGCCAUGGGCGAAGGCCAACAUCAACCCCACGGGCCAGGCACUCAUCAUCUCCACAGUUGCUGGCAUGGCCUACUUCAUCGCUGCCGACAAGAAGAUCCUCUCUCUGGCGAGGCGGCAUUCGUACGAGGAAGCGCCCGAGCACCUCAAGAACACCUCCUUCCAAGGAGCCGGCCGCCCUCACCCAGCUUUCUUCAGGCCAUAAGUGUACAAGACAUUUGUCGAGCUACCUCUCCAUCUAUUCGUCACUACUAGCUAGCUACCAUAUGCCGUCGAUAGAUGUCCGAAUAAACUACCAGUUUCGCUCAGCUAUUAGCCCCCUAAUCCUCGAUGUAAUAGUGGCCACUGUAAUUAGUUUGUAGCAUCGGUGCUCCGAUCCAAUUCAAAAGGAAUGCAACUUUUUGCUGUUCCUGAUCAGCAUCUGAGUAUAUAGAUGCUCCUUCCCCAUUAAUACAUUUGCAUAUGGACCCAAG